AUGUCCCACCAUCACCUCGAUUUAGAACAGGGCCACCACCACCUCCGGCGGGGCAGCUCAAUCGCCGGGAGCGAAGACGUCAGCUGCUUCUCCGACACAGAGGACGGCGGCUCAACCCACUCCCAGUUCUACGCCACAACCGCCGGCUCAACCUACGACGAUUACGGCUUCGCCAGCGGCUCCGACGGUUGGGAUUCCAGGAGGGUGUCCUGCGUGUCGGAGCAGUCGGUCGUCGUCGCGGUGGAGAUUGGGAGCGGUGCGGAGGCAGGGGAGGGGAAGGCGCAUUAUUUGGCGGAGGACAGACUGCCGGAUUUGCCAUCUGGGUCUGAAGAGCAACAGCCAGGAAUCCGGAAUUCCGAUUGA